CUGCGAUCUAAGCUCAUCACCAAAAUUAUACAGCCUUGUCUGCUUUUUCAUUCAUUCUUGAAAAUAACCAAAAAAAAAAAAAAAAUAUAUUUCUGAAGCAGCCAAUGGAUCCGAUCACUCUUUCCUUGUCUGUCAUCCUUCCCAUCUUAGUACUAGCACUUUUCUAUGCAUUCAAGCCCAAAUCCUCCAAGAAAUACAACCUUCCUCCUGGCAGUUUCGGAUGGCCAAUCAUCGGAGAAACUCUUGGGUUCAUGAACGAGCCCCAUGAGAAAUGGAUCGGAGACAGAAUGAAGAAAUACUCUUCCAAAAUCUUCAAAACCCGAGUUUUGGGUGAGAAUAUGGUGGUUCUAUGUGGAACUGCGGGUCACAAAUUCGUAGCCUCAAACGAGGAAAAGCUUUUGAUCGCAUGGAGACCAGAGUCCAUGCAGAAGCUCUUCCGUUCUUCGUAUCAGAAAGAUGCAAAAGCUCCACAAUCGAGGAAAACCGAGACCCAGAUCACCAAAGCUCCCGGAUUCAUCAAAGCCGAGGCCCUGGUCCGGUACGUGGAGGUGAUGGACGCUAUCGUGGACAAGCACAUGAAGGGUCAUUGGGAAGGUAAAGAGAUCGUCGAGGUCCAUCACCUUUCGCAGGUUAUGGUUCUCCAAUUGGCUGGUCGAUUCUUCUUGGGACUCGGUGACGACGCGAGGAUCGAGAAGAUCGCGAAUUGGAUGGACAAAAUGAUGUUGGCUCUGCAUAUUGUUCCGAUCAACUAUCCCGGAAGCACUUUUAACAAGGCGAUGAAGGCUACGAACGCUUUGAGGGACGACCUCCAGUUGUUGAUCAAGGAGAAGAAAGCCGCUUUUGCUAAUGGAGCCAAACCUCAAGAUAUUCUUUCCUACUUGAUUGUUAGCACAGAUCCUGCUACUGGACAGUCUCAGCCAGAUCAUGUUAUUGCAGACAAAAUUAUGGGAUUGUUGGCUGCCGCUUUCAAUUCCCCUUCCAUGACUAAUGCUUUCCUCAUGCAAUAUCUUGCUGAUAAUCCCAAAGUUUUCGACAAAGUUCGAGCUGAACAAAUGGAAAUCGCAAACUCCAAGAAGCCUGGUGAAUUACUCAGCUGGGACGAUAUGCAGAAGAUGAAAUAUUCAUGGAACGUAGCACUUGAAGUGAUGAGGGUAGUACCUCCUCUUCAAGGAACAUUCAGAGAAGCUGCUGCUGAUUUCACAUUCGAAGGCUACACAAUUCCAAAAGGCUGGAAGGUGUAUUGGACUGUGAGCACUACAAAUUUUGACCCAGAAAUUUUCUCAUCGCCUCAAACAUUCGACCCAACAAGGUUCGAGAAAUCAGCUCCACCCCCAUACACAAACAUACCAUUUGGUAGUGGACCCAGAAUAUGCCCUGGAAUGGACUAUGCUCGCCUUCAAAUUCUCACUUUUAUGCAUCAUGUUGUGAAGAGGUACAGAUUGGAGGUAGUCAAUCCUAAUUUCAAGGUUUUGGGGGGUCUCAAUCCCAUCCCAAUUAAAGGCCUUCAUAUUAGACUCCACAAGAUUUCGGCAUAAAAGGCUGAAAAUCCUUUCGCCUUGGCCUACUGGCCGGCAGGGCUGGCGUUCAAACAUGCUAUCCGUAAUAACAAUAUUGUAGGAAAAUAUUAAUCUGUACUUCUUUUAAUUACAACAUUUUGUGAUGUCCGACUAGUACUGUUUUUCAACAAUAAUGUCGUUUGAAGCAUGUAUUUUAUUAUUAUUUUUUUUAAGUUGAUAUUUCAGAAGAGAACAAAAGCUUGAAUGUUUUGUAAUAUAGCAGACCAAAGUUGUUCACUGGUUAUGAAUAUAUAUUUUAUUGGAAAUUUUACCAUAUGAAAUAA